AUGUAUUCGAGUUAUAAAGCUAUUGAAUUAGCUAAACAAGUGUUUGAAGAAAGCGCGUACAAGAAUGUUGUGUGUUGUACUAGUUUGAUAACGGGGUGUUUUAGUAACGGGCUUAUUGAUGAUGCUUGUAAGGUGUUUGAUGAAAUGCCUGAGAGAAAUGAUGUAUCGUAUAGCGCGAUGAUUUCUGGGUUUGUGAAGAAUGAACUUUUCAAUGAAGCAAUCCAUUUGUAUCGUCGGAUGAUAAAUUGUGGCGUAGGGAACCCUAACAAGUCUCUUUUGCUGAGCGUUCUCAAUGCUUGCGGUGCGGUUGAUGCUUUUGAAAUAGGAAGAAGUAUACACUGUCAAUUAGUUGAAGAAUCGUUUAGUGUAGACGUCGAUUUUGGUACGACGCUGAUCGAUUUCUAUGCUAAAUGUGGGGAUAUAGAGAAAGACAAAGAUAUAUUCAACGCAAUGCCUUAUAAAGAUGUUGUCGCAUGGAGUGCGAUGAUUUUAGGGCUAGCUACAAACGGUAAAAACGAAAUGGCAAUCGAUCUUUUUGAGGAAAUGGAGCAGAAAGGACCGGUUCCAAACGGCAUUACAUUUGUUGCAGUUCUUGUUGCUUGUAAUCACAAAACUUUAUUAAAAAAACCAUGGUCUAUACUUGGUAAAAUGAGCAAAGUUUACGACGUGCAAUUAACAAUCGAGCACUACGGAUGCAUGAUUGAUCUAUUGGCUAGAUCGGGACAGCUGAAAGAAGCGGAGAAACUGACCAAGUUGAUGCCGGUGACACCAGACGGAGCUAUAUGGGGAUCUUUUCUACAUGGGUGUUUAACGCAUAAUGCAAUACAUCUAGCGGAGACAGCUGGAAAACGUUUGUUAGAAUUAGAGCCGACGCACAGUGGAAGGUAUGUCGGGCUUGCUAAUAUGUAUGCGAGUAACGGAAGCUGGGAAGGUGUGAUUAAACUGAGGAAGAUGAUGACGGAAAGAAAAGUUGCUAUUGCUCCCGGUUGGAGUUUUAUUGAAGUCUAUGGGAAUGUUAACAAAUUCUUUGUUGAUAAUCAUUGUCACCCUCAAGCUAAAGACAUCCAUGAUGUCCUAAUGUUACUUAAUAUUGUAUUAAUGAAUUAG